AGUUACAAGCCUUUGAAGAACAAACUUCAGAAUUUUCUAGAAGAGUGGCUGAAAUACAAUUCCUGCUUCAAAGUAGUGAAAAACCACUUGAAUUACAGGUCAUGGAGUCCUCUGUUUUGAGCAAGAUAGAGCAUGUGAAAAAGCUUGCAAUGGAAGAAUCCAACUGCCGUGAGCUGGGUGACAGCACGGCUGAGCUGAGGGAGGAUUUGGACCAAGCCAAGACCCAGAUUGGGAUGACUGAGUCACUCCUGAACGCCCUGUCUCCUUCCGACAGCCUGGAGAUAUUCACCAAACUCGAGGAGAUCCAACAGCAAAUCCUCCAGCAGAGGCACAGCAUGACAAUACUGGAGAAUCAAAUAGGUUGCCUCACUCCUGAACUCUCUGAAUUGAAAAAGCAAUAUGAAAGUGUCAGUGGUUUAUUUAACACCAAAAAGAGUGUUCUGCAAGAUCACUUUUGUGUGUUCCUGAAUGAUCAAUGCAAGGCCUUCACUGACUGGUUCAGCACCAUGAAAAUGAACCUUAAGGAGUGUUUUGAACCAUCAGCAACCAAACUGAGCAUGGAACAAAAGCUGCAAAAACUUUCUGAUUUCUUGGCUCUGGAAGGAAGAAGCAGUAAAAUCCAGCAGGUGGAAAGUGUACUGCAGCAUGUGAGGAAGCAUCUUCCCAAAGCAGAGGUUAAGGAGCUGAACAGUUGGCUUGGGAGCCAAGAAUUUGAAUUAGAAAAAAUGGAGUCCAUAUGCCAGGCUCGCACAAAGGAGCUCGAUAACACUCUGCAGCAGCUACUGAGUCUACAGGAUGAUUGCAGAAACCUGAGUAAAUGGCUGGCUAAUCAAGAGGAGAAGUGGAAAGAAAUGGAAGAAUCAGGAGAGAAAGCCGAGCUAUUGUACCAAGUGUUAGCUAGAAAGAGGGAGCAGUUUGAAUCUGUGGCCCAGCUGAGUAACUCUUUGAAGGAACAUGGACUUGAAGAGGAAGAAGAAAUAAUAAUGGAAUCCACACAUUUGAUUGAUAGAUACCAAGUGUUGUUGAGCCAAUUACAUGAAAUUGAGGACGAGGAUAAGUUACCAUCUGCUGAAGCCCAGAACUUUCAUGAUCUUACCCACGAUGUAAUUCAUUGGAUAAAAGAGAUUAAAGAGUCCCUCAUGGCUUUGAAUUCAUUGGAAGGCAAAAUGCCACUUGAAGAAAGAAUCCAAAAAAUAAAGGAGAUCAUUUUACUAAAGCCUGAAGGUGAUGUCAAAAUCCAGACCAUUAUGAGACAAGCCGAGAGCAGCGAGGCCCCAUUGGUUCAGGAGACCCUUUCUGAUGUCACCCACCAGUGGGACACCACGCUCCAUUUAGCCAACACAUACCUAAGCCAUCAAGAAAAACUUCAACAAGAAGGAGAAAAGUAUUUGCAAAGCAAGGAGGACCUAAGGUUAAUGCUUACAGACCUAAGGAAGAAACAAGAAGCAGGCUUCGCUCUGCAGCAUGGUCUGCAGGAAAAGAAAGCCCAGUUAAAAAUUUAUAAGAAAUUCCUCCAGAAGGCACAAGAUCUGACAUCUCUGCUAAAGGAGUUAAAAUCUCAAGGAAAUUACCUCUUGGAAUGCACGAAAAAUCCCAGCUUCAGCGAAGAGCCUUGGCUGGAAAUAAAACACCUGCACGAAAGUCUUCUUCAGCAACUACAGGAUUCCGUGCAAAAAUUGGAGGGUCACGUUCAAGAACACCACUCAUACCAGGUCUGCAUCACAGAUCUGAAUGCCAUGUUGGAUGGCUUCUCUGGAGAAUUUGACAAUUUUUCAGAUGACCCUGGGGAUCAAGGAGCAGUUGAGGACAGACUACAGAAACUGCAGGAACUAGAGAGUCGACUCAGUUUACAAGAUGACCUAUUAAAGAAGAUUUUAGCAUUAGCAAAAUCCAUCGAGCAAAACACAUCUCCCGUGGGACAGAAGAUUAUUAAAGAUGAUAUAAAAUCACUUAAGCAUAAACAAAAGGAUUUGGAAAGCAGAAUUGAAUCUGCUAAGCAGGAGACUGAAAACUGUCUCAACAGCCUCCUCAAAUCAGAAUGUUUAUCAGAAAAGGAUGAGAAGUUUGCUCUGCCAAGUGAAGAGACGCAGGGUACUCGUGACGUGCCAGAGCCCACUCAGCUCUCAGUGAAGAAGUUGGAGGGAGACUGGGAAGUAACCAAGAAUUGGGCUUUGGAAAUGGUUUUGUCAAAACAGCUUUCUGUCAAUGCUCAAGAAAGCCUGAGAAGCACUGAAGACGAGCAGAAAGUCAAUGAGCUGCAAAACCAACCUUUACAAUUAGCUGUUAUGUUGAGAAGUGAACAAUUAAAAGAGAUAGAGGAAUUAUACACCCAGUUGGAGGCAAAGAAAGCAGCCAUUGAACUCCAGGACCAAUCUGAAUGUCUCAGCCAAUCAGAAACAAGUGCCUUGGUUCUCCACAACACGGGGUCCCCAGUACACCACUUGGACAAUCUGCUUCAGGCACUGACUACUUUGAAGAAAAAUAAAGAAUGCCAGUAUUGUCUCCUUGAUGGCUUUCAAGAACACCUUGCUGCCCUUGAGUCCUCAUUGAAAGCCUUGUUGGCAGAAAAGGAAAGUCUAAAAUUGGGACCAUUGGACAGUACAGCCUAUGUGCACAAAAUUAAGAAGUUCCUUGGAUCAGUAGAAGAAGAGAAAGGUUCUUUGAGCAAACUUAAAAGUGAGUGGAAGAAUUUAUCAAGCCAUCUGAGUGACAUGGACAACAAGCUGUUGGAAAGCCAGGUGGAACACCUUGACCAUGUGUGGAAGCAGGUGGAACGACUGGCUCAAAGGAAGUAUUCUCAGCAAGCCAUGGAACAUGAGGAGUUUACCUCCCUCGUAAGCAGAGCCCACGACACUGAGGCUUCUCUGCAGCAGCAGCAGCAGUGUCUACUGUUAAGACUGAACUCCCCAGAAAAACAGGGACAGAGUUCAAGCAUCAUUGCCAUGGCCGCUGAGCUCCAGGCACUCAGGCAUGGAUUUUCUGUUUUAAAGGGGCAAGCUGAGCUUCAGAUGAAGAGAAUUUGGGGAGAAAAAGAAAAGAAGAUUUUGGAAGAUGCAAUGAAUAAUUUGAAGAAGCAAUUGGAGGCCCUGGAGCCAUUAAACCUAGAGGUGGAAAAUCAGAUUAAAAAGUGCGGCGUAAAGAACAAGGUGAAGGAGACCCUCUUCUGGGUAAAGAAACUGUUGGGUGAACCCAGCCCCCCCAUUUCCCUUCUCCCAGAUGACAUCCUUUCACAGAUCAGAAAAUGCAAGGUGAUGCAUGAUGACAUUGUGGAUAAGCAGCCAGCCAUGGACUCUCUGGUGGAAGAGAUCAAAGAUGUCACCCCUAGCCUGACAGCACCCGAGAAUGAGAACUUAAGUAACCUCCUGGAGGUCUUACAGAAUCAAUACCAAAUGCUAGUUUUAAAAUCAACUCAGAGGUCACAACAACUAGAAUUUAAGUUGGAAGAAAGAAGCAAACUUUUUGAAAUAAUAAGGAAGGCUCAGGUUACCCUUCAAGGGAGUGAAGCACUGGUAAUUCCCAAAAUGGAAACAGCCUGCACUGAAGCUGACCUGGAAUGUCACCAUGUCACCUUGAAGGCAUCCCAGAAGGAGCUGCAAGAAAUUGAGGGUGUCAUCUCCACACAGCUCCAGGAACUACCAGACAUCUGUAAGGAUCUAAAUGUGUUUGAAAGACUCUUCCUGGAUGACCAGUUGAAAAAUAUUCAGAUGAGAAUUAACAGAGCACAAAGAUUCAUUCAGAGUCAAUGCAGUGAAGUAGAACAAAAGAUCAGUUCUUACAGAGAAUACCAUGAAAAAACAUCUGUGCUUCAGAAUGCCAUCAACAGUAUGCAGCACAAUGAACCACUGCUCAGUCUAGAAACAAAUCAAGAUGAAAUAGAGGAUUUGUAUAAUCUUAAGGACAAACUCACUGGUAUUCGAUGCAGCCUCUUGCGAAUGUUGGAACUUCAAGGAGUCUAUAACUACAUAGGACUGAAGUGGAAUGGUUCAGAACUUGAACAAUUACAAACUCAAGUCGUUGAGAAAGAAAAGGAUCUUGAAGAAAAAAUUAAGCGUUUGAACACAUUGAUGGUAGAACAUGGCAGAUAUCAAGCUUCAUUAAGUAAAGUGAAGGCCAUGGAUUUGCAAAUUAAGAAAAAGGCUGAAUUAGUACUGAAAGCUCCCAGUACUUCACCAGAAAGCCGUCUGCUCAACGCACACAUUUUGACUCAGAGAAUUGAGAAAGCCAAGUGCGUCUACGAUGAGAUAAUAAAGAAAGUAAGUGAAAAUGAGGCUUUUGAUGACUCAUUCAAAGAGAAAGAAAUACAGCAACUGAAACUGAACACAGAAGAAAAUGAUCAGUUACACAAGGUCCUCCAAAACGUGGUGCUAGAAUUCCAAUCAAAAGAAAUGGAUGAAAAGAAUUUUCGGGACAAAUUACAAAAUUCCUUGCAUGUUUUAAGUCAGAUACAAUCUCAGUUACAGCAGCCUUUACUUAUAAAUUUGGAAAUUAAACAUGUCCAAAAUGAGCAGGCUAACUGUGAAGCAAUUCAACAACAGGUUCAGGCAGAAAUGUAUCUUAUUAAAGCAGCAAGUGUGAUUGAAAAACCGAGAGAAGGAGACUCUUCUGACACUAGUGAUGUGGAGACAAAAUUACAUGACAUUGAAGAUCUUUGGACUCAGCUUAGCAAAAGCAUUGAGUUACGCACAAGCGUCCUGAAUGGUGCCUAUGAAAACCUAACACACUACCAUGAAGCCGUCACCAGGGCGGUGGGGACCAUCGGCUCCCUCGAAGCCAUCCUUGCAUCCCGCAGCAUGGAUCUUCACAAUCUCCAAGAAUCACUGGCGAUGACUCGUGGGAAACUAGAAGGCUUGGAAUCCACGAUGGCUGACAUCCAGGACCUCACCGAGAAGCUGGGAGCCAUAGUCAGCCCGGAGGCCAGCGUGCAGCUCAAGUGCGUGUUACAGGAGCUGGUCUCUAAGAACUCAGCCUUGAAGGCUGCAGCUCACGUGCAGGAGGCCCAAGUGGAAAGGUUUCUGGAGAAUUACAAAUGCUAUACAAAAAUGAAAGAGGAAAUUUGCAGUAACCUCAGGAAAAUGGAAACGGUUCUUGGGCAGUCCGUGUCCCUGCGGCCAGGGUCUUAUAAGGAGGCAUUAGCGCGCUUGGAGCAGAGCAAGGCCUUGGUGUCAAAUCUCAUCUCAACCAAAGAAGAGCUGGUGAAACUGCAACAGGUCCUCAGACACCUGAGAUGCAGGUGCACAGAGAGUGAUGGCCUGUGCACGCUCAGCGCCUCGUCGGCUCUCUGGGAGAAGUGGCUGCGUCUGCUGGAAGCUGCCAAAGAGUGGGAGAUGUGGAGUGAAGAACUGAAGCAGGAGUGGAAACUCAUCAGUGAGGGGGUUGAACGAGAAGCAAUUAUUUUAGAUAAUCUUCAAGAGGAACUCCCAGAAAUUUCCAAAAUAAAAGAGGCAGGUACCACAGAAGAGCUCUCUGAGCUCCUAGACUCUUUACGCCAAUAUGAAGACAGUGUGGAGAGGCAGCAGUCGUUGCUGACCCUGCUUCUUCAGCGCAUAAAGAGUACCCAGAAUGUUCCUGAAAGCCCAGGGGCUGUGCAAACCAUCCCAGCCCUUCAAGAGAUUACGUCUAUGCAAGAAAGAGGUGACAGGCUUUUUCAGAAAGCUCAAAAAAAUAAGGAAUCCAUACAGAUUGAAAUCCAAGAAAGACAUUCCUUCACAAAGGAAGUAAUUGCUUUGAAGAAUUUACUUCAACAGACUACAACUUCUUUCCAAAAUACGGCAUUAGUGGACCACCCAGAAAGGGCAGAACAGUUUGAGGAGCUUCAGAACUCUCUUAAGAAAGGGAAACUAACUUUCGAGAACAUCAUGGAAAGACUGCGAAUCAAGUAUUCUGAAAUGUACACCCUUGUGCCUGCGGAAAUUGCAUCCCAGGUAGAAGAAUGCAGAAAAGUUCUAGAAGACAUCGAUGAGAAGAUUAGCAGUGAAGUCCUGAAGAGCUCGCCAUCCUAUGUAAUGAGCAGGAAAAUAGAGGAAAUUAACAGUGGGCUUCAGCAUGUGGAAAAGAUGUUGCAGCAGAAAAGUAAAAACAUUGAGGAAGCUCAAGAAAUUCAAAAGAAAAUGUGGGAUGAGCUGGAUGGCUGGCAUUCCGAGCUGAACGAGCUGGAUUCCGAGCUUCAGGACAUGGUUGAGCAGGACCCAGGACAGGUGCAGGAAUGGAUGGAUGACUUGAUGGUUCCUUUCCAGCAGUACCAGCAAGUGUCACAGAAAGUGGAAUUCAGAACCUCUCAGCUAAAUAAGGCCACAAUUAAGAUGGAGGAGUAUAAUGAUCUUUUGAAGAGUACUGAAGCUUGGAUAGAAAGUACCCGUCGUUUGCUGUCCAAUCCUGCCCCCUAUGACUCUUCAAGGACUCUGAGUCACCAUGCUAGCACCCUCCAAAUGUCUUUGGAAGAUUCAGAACAGAAGCACCAUCUUUUACACACAAUUUUCACGGAUCUAGAAGACUUGUCAAUCAUUUUUGAAACAGAUGACUUAAUACAAUCCAUACAAGAGUUAAGUGGUCAGGUGGCAACUUUACAACAACAAAUAAUGGAAAGCCUUCCACACAUUCAGAGGAUGGCAGAUGAUGUGGUUGCUAUUGAAGCUGAAGUAAAAUCAAUGGAGAAAAAGGUUUCAAAAAUCAAAGCUAUCCUGUUAUCAAAAGAAAUCUUUGAUUUUUCACCCGAAGAACAUCUUAAACAUGGGGAGGUCAUACUUGAGAAUAUACGUCCCAUGAAGAAGACCAUUGGCGAGAUAGUGUCUUACCAAGUAGAACUAAGUUUACCCCAGACAGGAGUGAAAACUCUGCCUGUGUUCCAGAGGACAAAUCAGCUUUUACAAGAUGUAAAACUAUUGGAAAAUGUGACUCAGGAACAAAACGAAUUAUUGAAGGUAGUCAUAAAACAAACCAAUGAAUGUGAUGAAGAAAUAGAAAAUUUGAAGCGGAUCUUGAAUAAUUAUUCAGCUGAGUUCUCCCUUGAACAUAUGUCACCAGACCAAGCUGCCGACCUGCCAGCAGUACAGGGUUUUGCAGUUUUGAAUCAGUACUUCUUUAUUGAAAAAGUGCAGUUGUCUGCCAAGGAUUAUAAAGACCUGUGUUUUAUUCCUGUCAUCUAUGAUGCAGGCGGGCAGCUAAUGUG